AGGCGGGCCAACACAACCCUAGCUAGAGCUGGAGAAAGCUCGCAGCUGUUUACAAAUAAAUAAGAGCGUCUAAUUGGUGCUUGUGUAUGUUUUUAAUAAAUACACCAAAACUCGAGAUUUAACUACGCUUUGCAAUGUCUGUCAACUAUGCCGCUGGACUAUCUCCCUACGCGGACAAAGGCAUCUGUGGUCUUCCAGAGAUGUUCGAUGAUCCGGACGAGUUGCGAGCUAAAGUGGAGACUUUGGCCCAGUUGAUCAGAGACUCGCAGUACAUGGUGGUUCACUCGGGCGCCGGAAUCAGCACCUCUACAGGCAUACCUGACUUCAGAGGCCCGAAAGGCGUGUGGACGAUGGAGCAAAAAGGAGAGAGUCCUCAGUUUGACACUACGUUUGAAGACGCUAAGCCGAGCGUGACUCACAUGGCACUACUGCAGCUCCAGAGGGCCGGCUACCUCAAAUACCUCAUCAGCCAAAACGUGGACGGCCUUCACCUGCGCUCAGGUUUCCCCAGGGACCGAUUAUCCGAGCUUCACGGGAACAUGUUUGUCGAGGAAUGCGAGAAGUGCAGCAAGCAGUAUGUGCGCGAAAAGGUAAUUGGGGUCAUGGGUCUGAAACCCACAGGGCGCUACUGUGAAAGCACUCGAUCCAGAGGACUCCGAGCAUGCAGAGGGAAGCUGAUCAGCACUAUUCUCGACUGGGAGGACUCACUUCCUGACCGGGAUCUGAACCGUGCAGAUGAGGCCAGCAGGCGAGCUGACCUGGCUCUUACUUUGGGUACAUCUCUUCAAAUUAAGCCCAGUGGUGACCUGCCUCUUCUGACCAAACGCACCGGAGGCAAAGUGGUGAUCGUGAACCUGCAGCCAACCAAACAUGACAAGCACGCCCACCUGAUCAUCCAUGGCUACGUGGACGAAGUCAUGGGUCAGCUGAUGAAGCUCUUGGGCCUGGAGAUCCCGGAGUGGGCGGGGCCAACACUGUGCGAGUCCUCAGGCGGCGACGCGGACAUCCUGCCCUACGGCGCCUGGAAGAAGGAAGUCAAGAUCGAGCUGAAGAUCGAGGAAAAGAAAGAACCUCGGGUGAAGAGGAAAACGCCAAAGAAGGACAGUGACGGAGGAGUCAAAGAAGAGGAAGAUGUCGAGGAUGAGAAGACGUCGUGCGUGACGGGCGUGGGUGACGGUAGAUCACAAGCAGUCAGCGAGCUUAACAGAGCGGAUGAUAAAUCCGAGACUGAACUCUGCUCCUCUUCUGCGGGUGAAGCUAAAAAGCCACGGAUUGACACUCCAUCCUCAUAGAACUUCUGUUUAUUUUUUUAUUUUUUAUUUUUAGUCUUUGGAAUCUCAGUGCAAACAACCAGCAAUACAAUCUCAGGCAGGUUCUCAACCACAUCCCACAUCUCCUCACAGCCGGUGUGUCUUAAACCUGGAUUUUACACUUUUUCUCUGACUAAAUAAAUCACAAAUAAUUUCAUUAGAUUUUCAGACAGACGCAUAAUGAUGUGCGAUCACGUUUAGUGUCAAAGCAACACAAAAACAACAGAUGUGAGUUCUGGCAGCGUCAGAAAUCUUUAAAAAAGUUAAAAAAACAACAACAUUAAAAGCCUUCAGUAGCAGGAUGAUACAGGAAGGCAAAAAUGUCACCGGAUUGCUGAAAGUACAGCAGUAGCUAGAAAAACUGUAACGGAAACAAGCUAACAAACAGGCAAAAUACCCUUAUUACCUCAUAAUGAAAAAUGCUUUGGUUUAAACUGUGCCUGUUUUCUGCUCCGCUCCGAAUAAUGAUGUAACCAGAAUAUAGUCAUUUUCUGUAGUACCCUAAGAGCAUCUUCUUGAGAUCAUCGAUUUUUAUUUUUAGGAUCGCCUCACUGCAAGAAAAAAAAAACAAAAACAGAAGACAUCUUGGCAAGUCUAAAUAUUUUUUUAAUAUAGUCAAAAAUGCUCUAUAAAUUUAAUUUAAAAGAUUACAAUAAACCAGGAUAUAAGAUAUUUUAAAGCUUGAAAUGUUCCGGUUUUAUUGGCAGAUUAUUUAGCUCAUAUUAAGCAUUAAUUUUUUAUUUUUUUUAAUAAUCUGCAAAUAAUGCUUAAUAAUAGUAAAAUAUACCUAGGAUUAAUAAGCUUAUAUUUGUUUUAUUGUAAUCUAAUAAUAAGACAUUUGACUAGAUUAAAAAUAUUAUGACCGAGGCAUCACAUUAUAAGGUGUUUUUUCUUUCUUUCUUUCUUUCUUUCUUUCUUUCUUUCUUUCUUUCUUUCUUUCUUUCUUUCUUUCUUUCAGUGCUUGUAAUGUGAGCAAAAGAUCAGCUUUUUACAGCUUUUAAGCCUGAUUGCCGUGUAGAGCAGCUUUGGAUAAAGUAAUGUAAAGUUAACUCUGAUGUGUGAGGGAGUCGAAGUAUCUACACCCAGAGAGCAAUCCCAAGCAUUAGGGCUGAUUUUCCACUUCUGUAAGACGUAUACAAAUACUAUGCUUUGUAUCUGUUUACACACACACACACACUAGUCUGAGCGCUCAGGUCAGCUCACACUCUCUGCUUAAAUCUGCAGCCUGAGGACAGACGUGAUGUAGAGUUGUUUUAUUUGAUCUGAUUUUUAUUUCUUGUGUUCAUCUUAUACUGUAACCAUGGCUACUUAAGACUAUAGGAUACUUCUAUUUUGAAUAUUUCUACAAACUGCAACAACGCACAAAGCCCCACCCUUUAGCAAAGAAUCAAUCGCUGCCGCCUCAGAAGUGAGAAGUCCAAGCUCGGAAUUCCAUCAUUUCUUUUCUUUUUAAAACCUCUGCUACAAAGUAGGAAAAAAAAUCCCAUGUUUGUCUGUUAGUAACAAAAAAGAGCCAGAUAAACUCACAAGAUUUUAGAUUUAACAAGUGUAUGUUGAUCGAUCUAAAUUGCAAUCGAUGUUCCUUGAUUAAUUCGGAAUUCCCAAGUAGGAAUUUUUUUUUUUCUUUUCUAUUUUCUGGUCAUAGGGCAGGGAAUUCCGAGUUACGACCUCUAACCGCAUGCCGCAUUUGUAUGCGCUGCUUCUGAGAAGUAGAAAUCAGCCUUUGGGUGUGCUUGAGGAGGUUUCUAUGAAAAGUUUCUGGAAAUUAGAGACAUAACAAGGCAUUCCUACAAGAGAAACCAGGACUCAUUAUAUUUCCUGCUUCUGGAAUUACUGGGAUGUUACUUGUUCAACUAAACAUCACUGAUACUUGCAAGCAAAGGAUGACGCAUGAAUCUGUGCAGAUCUUCGUUAAUGUUCAUGCAGCAAAGCAACAGCAAUAAUGAACCUCAAUGGUCCUGGUUCCUUCACUGGGGUUAAAGCACAAACCAGGAAUGUUGUAGUUAUUGUGUAGGAAAGUUCCAGAAAGUUCCUCAAGAGGUUCCUGACACGAAAAAGGAACUUCCUGACGAUGUGAAACUUUGGAGGCCAGAUUUAAGGAUGCAUCCUGGGACUGGAUUAGUCUAUACGAGCUUUGCUUCCACACCAGACAAUACUGUGCAUCAGACUGCAUCAAAAAAACUGUCCAGUUAAACACCUUUUCUUUUCCAGCUAUUUCCUUUUCAGCGACUUUGUUUACUAAAAAAAAUCAUGUGAUAGACUUUGUUUUUUUUUUAUAUAUCCAGCCCAAGUUUGGAAAUAAAUGUAUAAAAGUAAAUUGAUGUCUUGGUUAGACUGAAUUGAAGGCUUUGUGUGUUUGUUUCUGAAUUUAAUUUAGCAUAGAGAAUUUAAUCUAGCUGAAAUAAAACACACAACAACAACAGUGCCAUGUGAUUUCAAUCAAAACCAUUGUGAACUGUUUUUUUUUUUAACAAAGGAAAAGCCAUGCAGCUUUUCCCAUUUUAGCCCAACACACACACACACACACACACACACACGCUCAGCCAGUGUGGGGUCAGAUUGGCCGCAUCGCUUUCGAGCAGCAUGGCAGAUGUCAGUGUGUAGCCGGCUCUGUUUGUGUGAUUGCUCCACAGAGAGCAUGAUCGCUAGCUGCUGUGAUGAACGAUUACUGUUUAAGGCAUCUUCUACAGGAGAUUUUAUCACAAUGGGAUGUUUUGUUCACUGUAAAUCCCAUUAAAAUGUCUUAAUUUUACGGCCUGGGUGUUGGAAGCACUGCUCCUAAUGGCGCUUAUCCACUCCUGCUCAUGUUUGUGGCCAAAAUGACACUUGUACCAAGCGUGAUGGCCUUGUACCUCUAGAGUCGUGGGGUUCAGUUUCUGCCUCCUCCCUGUUUGUGUUUGGGUUUCCUGUGGGUUCGCUGGUUUCCUCCCACAGUUAUAAGACAUGAAGCAUUGUAGGCUUCCAUGUUUUCAUGUUCUUUUCCUAAAUUCAGCCUGAAAUUUCUGUCAGUGGUGGCUGGUGGCAAUACUAGAUCGGAGGGCUAAUCUAAUCUAAUGUAAUCUAAUCUACAAAUAGCUUUACAAUUAAACUAUUAGGUUUGAAUAUUACAUUAUAUCCCGAGCUCUCACUGAUAAUGAUGAUGACAACAGUGACGACAACAUACAAUAAAAAUACGAAGAAAAUAUAACAAUAAUAAUAGUAAUCAUUUUUAUUUAUUUAUAUAUAUUUAUUUCUUUUUCUUUGUAUUAUUUUGGUUGUUGUCAUUAUAAUAAUAUAAUUAUAAUAUAUUAUUAUUAUAAAUGUAAAUGAUAUUCAGGGGAAUGAUUUCGCACACAUGCACUUAAAGGAGAUGGGGAGCCACAUUAGCAGUUUGUUUAUUUAUUUAUUUAUUUUGUUUUUCCACACACACUAUAUUUAUCAUAAAACGGUUAUGAUGCAUAUUCUCCUGCUCAUGUUUGUGGCCAGACACACUUGUACCAAGCGUGAUUGCCUUGUGCCUCUAGAGUUGAGGGGUUCAGUUUCUGCCUCCUCAUUGUGUGUGUGGUUUGCAUGUUCUCCCUGUGUUUCGGAGGUUUCCUCUGGGUUCUCUGGUUUCCUCCCCCAGUCAUUGAAGGCUGAUUGGCAUCUCUAAAUUGUCUGUAGUGAGUGUGUGGUUCUGCACUGGUUUUGUCCAGGCAUUGGCUCCAGAUAUCUCCUUCUCCUUCUCCUUCUCCUUCUCCUUCUCCUUCUCCUUCUCCUUCUCCUUCUUCUUCUUCUUCUUCACCGAACUUGUAUGUAUAGAAGGCAAAUAGUGCUUUCCUCCUCAAAUCUAAUGCUACCCUGUGAUGCAACAGUUUAAAAAAGAUGCAGCUGGAUUCAGGUUUCUGUCAGUAAGCACACGAUAACCUUCACCACUCAACCUGUUGGUAGUCGGUUGGUAUAAACCAAAUUAAUAUAUUAUUAUUAUUAAUAAUAUUAAUUACAAUAAUGAUGAUAACAAUAAUAAUAAUAAUUAUUAUUAGUUUAAUUUAUUUGUUUAUUUUUCUUUGUUUUUUAUUAUUUUGGUUGUUGUCAUUGUAGUAAUAAUAAAAUAAUAGUAAUAAUAAUAAUAAUAAUUAUUAUUAUUAUUAACAUUAUUUUUUAUUAUUGUUGCAGUUGUUAAUAAUAAUAAUAAUACAUUUUUUAUAAUUGGGAAGUAACUAAAUUGGGAUGAAAUUGUGCAAUUGUGGGCUAAUUGCAGCUUAGAUGGUUUGACUGAAGAGUUGACUUUUUUAAACAGCUUUUUGGAGUCAAUUUAUACUUUGAUUAUUCCUAGUAUGCUUUCAUUAUUUAUUAAUAUUAUUCAAUAUUAGAUGGGAGGGGUAAAAUCUAAUCUAAUCUAAUCUACCAAUAGCUCAACAAUUAAAUGAUUAGGUUUGAGCAAUACAUUAUGUCCUGAGAUCUCACUGAUAAUGAUGAUAAUGAUAAUAAUAAAAUAAUAAAACAAUAUAGUAGUAGUCGGUGUAUAAACAGGGGAGAUCUGACUGAUUGGGAAUCGGGAAGUAACCGAAUUGGGAUGCUUACAUUACAAGGAUGAUUGUCAGGUCCUAAAAAUUUGUCAAAAAACUGGAACAAUUUUACUCAUUUUACUGUUAUAUCUUCUAAUACCUUUAAGACGGUCUCCAAAAUUAUUUCUGGGUGUAUUCUCUAAAUCUAAAUCCCUAAACAAAUAAGAAAUAAUCCAUGAUUGCUUGACGCGAUACUUUCUGAUGUGAAGCAAAACCUGAAGUUGGUUCUUUUUUUUUGCUCUACCGUCAUGUCAGGGUUUUCUUCCUCUUACACCACAGCAGAUUUGAAGCAUCAGUUACAAAUUUUAACGUAUUAAUGAACGACACAUGCUUUUGAACGUUCCUGUUAUCACUUGAUUAUGAUAGCUAUAAAAAGCCUCCCCUGUUUCCUGUGUCAAACAUAAUAAAACAACAUCAAAAAAGAAAUGAAAGCACACAGAUUGUCACGUCAAGACAUAAGAAAGUGCAGCGUCUUGGAAAAUUAAAGCACUGAAAUGGGAGACUCCGUCCGUAAAUGGUAAAUAAUAAUCUCCAUAGAGAAAAUAACAUAAGGCAUUCCUACAAGA